CGGAAGUGGAACGAACGGUCUCAUGCUAAAAAAUUAAAGAUGGCGAACCUUGUGGAGGCGACGACCCAGCAGCAGUUUGAAGAUUUCUUAGCCAAGGCCGGGAAAUGUCUGACCGUGGUGCACUUCCAGGCUGCGUGGGCGCCGCAGUGCGGCCACAUGAACGAAGUGAUGGCGGAGCUGGCCAAGGAAAACACGCACACCACGUUCGUGAAGCUGGAGGCUGAGUCGGUCCCGGAGGUGUCGGAGAAGUACGAGAUCGCCUCCGUUCCCACUUUCCUUUUCUUCAAGGCGGGGGAGAAGGUGGACCGCCUGGACGGGGCUCAUGCUCCGGAGCUCACCAACAAGGUGCAGCGGCUGGCGGUGGCCGGGGGCCCCGGGGGAGGGGGAGCAGCAGCAGCAGCAGCAGCAGCAGCGAACGGAACCGGAACCGGAACCGGCGGCGGCUCUGACCUGAACCAGCGGCUGAAGAAGCUGAUCAACGCGGCGCCCUGCAUGCUCUUCAUGAAGGGGGCCCCGCAGGAGCCUCGGUGCGGGUUCAGCCGCCAGAUAGUGGCGCUGCUCAAGGAGCACAACAUCCAGUUCAGCAGCUUCGACAUCCUCUCAGACGAGGAGGUGCGCCAGGGGCUGAAGACCUACUCCAACUGGCCCACCUACCCGCAGCUGUACGCCAACGGGGAGCUGGUGGGCGGCCUGGACAUAGUGAAGGAGCUGGCCGAGUCCGGGGAGCUGGAGAACACCUGCCCCAAGGCCGUGACCCUGGAGCACCGCCUGAAGGCCGUCAUCAACCGGGCCCCGGUCGUGCUCUUCAUGAAGGGCAACAAGGAGGCGGCGAAGUGUGGCUUCAGCCGGCAGAUCCUGGAGAUCAUGAACGGCGCCGGGGUGGAUUACGACACGUUCGACAUCCUGCAGGACGAGGAGGUGCGCCAGGGGCUCAAGACGUACUCGAACUGGCCCACCUACCCCCAGCUGUACGUGAAGGGGGAGCUGAUCGGGGGCUUGGACAUUGUGAAGGAGCUGAAGGAGAGCGGAGACCUGGUGUCGGUGCUGAAGGGGGAGUCGUAGGUGGUGGGGGGGGGGGUUCUGCCACCGAUGUAAAAACCCGCCACGGGUCCAGGAGGAGAAAAAAAUGACUAAUAAUAAUAAGAAUAAUAAUAAUAACCUGUCAUGUUCCAAGCUCUUGUAGCGGCCGGGUAGAUUCACAUUCUAAUUAAAUUCAAAUGUGAACCUGAGAUUUUACUGAAAGUGAAUGUUUCUGGAAAGUUGUGCUCUGAUUUUAUAAAAAAACUCUAGAUUCUAACGCCUCCUCCCUCUGGGGAAAAUACAGCAAACUCUAGUUUCUGGUUUCUAACCCCUCUGCCCUCCGGUAUUCACAUCCUCUUCAUAUAGAUAGAUAGAUAUAUAUAUUUAGUAAACUCUUUACUUUCCCAUCACCUUCUCCACAUGUUCACUCUGCUGCAGAUGGUUUACGGGGACGGAUGGAUUAUUGUUCAUCAGCAACUUUACGAUUAAACAAUAAAAAAAACACCUGAA